AUGCCACGCAAGUCAUUAGCAGCUACAGUAGCUGCAGAGACCGCUCCAUCCCCCAAAUCCACCUCGCACUCUUCCAGAAAAUCCCGCAAAUCGCUCGCCCUAGCUACCGCACUGGACCCCUCCUCGCCUGACCCUAUCGCCCCUUCCCCCGAAGUGGAGCUAGGCAGGUCCAGCCGGAAACGCGGCCGCAAGCACGUCGACGAGCCGGAGGACCUCGUCGGUGUUCUUGUAGAAAGUAACGGCGUUGCCCAGCCUCAGUCUAGUGGAGGCGCAGCGGAGCCAGGACAAGAGUUUACGCUAGAGCAGCAGCUGGAGGCGUGGCAGGACUUUGCGGCGGAGCAUUAUGAGAUGGUAGAGCAGCUACCGUUGGAGCUGCAUCGGAACUUCAGGCUGUUGAGGGAAUUGGAUGAUGGGUGCAUGGCGCAAACGAGCAAGCUGGAGGAACAGAUCCGGGCGUAUAUCUCGGCGAGGAUGGAGCUGGUCAAGCGCUUCUCGGCGGUGGCGGAUGCGAUACAGCCCGCGGCGGAUGUGGAACAACCUGUCGCUGAAGGGGGUGAUGUUCAGGCAGCUGCUGCUGGGGCGGAAGGAGAGGGGAUGGAGGUGGAUGCGUUGGAAGAGGUGGCGCCGGCCCCAGACGCGGCAGGAAAGGCGAUUGUUACCGAUGGAGCGGGAAAGCCGGAGAAGGCGGACGGGGACGGGGAUGCGGACAAGCAGACACGAGACGAGGGGGAAGUCGAGGCGGAGGACGAGGUCAUGGCGGAUGCACCUCCGGCGGUGACUUCAGCUCAGCCAGAAGUCGAGGCAAGGGUGGGUACGACGGAGACGGCCACGCUCACCUCGGACAUGGCACCGGCUGUAGCCCCGGAGGAUGGAGCAGCAACAUUAAAGCCCACCGCUUCUGGGGAGGAAGAGCCCCUCGCCGGCAACAUGCCACUCCCAGUGGCCGAGGCACCCGUGCAGAACACGUCGAUCACAGCUGUCGACGAAGUUGCGCCUUCCGAUCCGACCUCCGAUGCGCCCUCUGCCGUCUCGACUGCAUUCAAUGAUACUCCACUCUCCUCGGCCCGACUACCUCCCGCACCCCCCAUGCCGAACCUCCCUCCCGACAUGGGCGAGGUCGUACCAGAUGGGGAGGGGGGACUGGUCGUCAUCAGCUCGGAAGGCCUGCCGUCGUCUCUCUCGCCCAGAAAUGGGUCGUCCCCUCCGGUUGAGCAGGCGGUGGGCUCGACGGAAGUCCGAGGCGCGUCAAUAACGCAGGGUCCAGAGGAGCUCAUCACGGCGGCAGAAGCCGCAGCGAUGCCAACGGAUACAGCCGCAGCCGCAGCCGCAGCCGCAGUCGCAGAGGAUACGACAGCAGGGGCGGUGACAGCUGAGGCGCCUGCUUCCAUGACCUUGAACCAGCUGCGUCCCGCUGAGCUGCCUUCGCGAUAUCUACCUGAGAUCGGGCGGCUCGCGAGGGAGAUCGUACGGAACUGUGAGGAGAAGGUUGCGCUGGCUGUAGGAGCUUACAACUCGAUCGAUCGGCAUAUCCGCGCUCUUGACUCUGCCCUAUCUGCACAGGAAACAUCCCUCAUCCUCGGCCUUCGACCAGACACCUUACCCUCGGCCGGGGUAGAUCAAACCCUGAACCUGCCAGGGGAUACCUCUGGCAUCUCGCACGCAGCGGGAGCAGGGGAUGACGAGGGGGCCAUGGUAUUAGGUCUGGGAGGUGGCGGCGGUACUGGCGGUCGAGGGGACAAGAGGCGCAAGAAGAAGGGGAAGAAGGUGGAGGCGGUACCGGAGGUGCCCGUAGAGGUGCCUGUGGUCGUACCGGAGUUUGAAGACGCUGAUCCGAACGAGCCAAGGUAUUGCUAUUGCAACAGGGUAUCUUUUGGCGAUAUGGUCGGAUGCGAUAACGACGACUGUCCGAUCGAGUGGUAUCACCUCGCCUGCCUGGGCCUACAGGUCGCGCCUACGGGUAAUUGGCUCUGCAACGAGUGCAAACCAAAGAUAGGGCUCGGGAUGGGCGGAGCGGGGACGGUCCAGCCUGGUAGAAUGGAGAAGAAGGCGGGCAAGAAGCGGAAGCGCAUAAAGUAG